UGGAAACACAACACACACACACCUGGGAGCAAAGCAGUGCGGACGGAUGCAACAUAAAACACACACUAAGAACUACACCACGUACCACACACACCGAGACAGAACAAAUGCUGACUCCAGACAACCUCAUCAGAGGAAGCAGCAGCCCCAGUAGCAGCAGAAAGAAGAGAACCACGAGGAAAACCACCAGAGGAACCCCUCUCACUCCUCUCCUCUUCCAAGGACCUCAGCUCUGAGAUGGGCUGCUCCUCGGGACGCCAGGCCCCAGGGCUUCACUCAGACCUGGACUGUGGCAGCAGUCUACCCCCGGAGUCGCCCCAUGGAGGAGGGGACCUGGUCUUACCCCCAGAGUCACUCUCUACGCUGCAGUGUCUGGCCCAGGCCACGGGUGGUACGGAGAAGUCCUGGUACCGCUGUGUGUUUCCGUUUGGGGUGAUCUCUUUGGUGAUCGGGGUAGCGGGAACGGCAGUCACCUUCAUGUAUAACACGCCAGACCUGUACCAGACCAAGGUGGUGUCCAUGGUGCUGCUGGUCGUGGGGGUGGUCAUGCUGCUGAUGGCGGCCAUCUGCUGGAGGGACCACAGGCUGAAGAGGAGGAAGAAGAAGGAGGGAGGUUUCUUCUGCUCCGAACAGGGCAACUUGUGAGGUCUGGAGGAGGAAGGAGGGGGGAUUGAUGGUACAGAGACAUAGACACAAAUAGAUGGAUGGAUGAACAUCUGAAAGGUCCAAACCGAUCAACCUGGCACGUGCUUAACUCUCGGAGCGAGACACUAGAUCUCACUGAACUGGAGAAGUGGUGGAAAGGGUUGAGAGUUCCUCUUCCUUGUUUGGAAUCCUAACCUCCAUCUCCUCCACUUUUUCCUCUCUCUGUUUUUCCAAUCCCCGUGUCUCUGAGGAUGAUUACUCUGUUACUCUGAGGAGGGAGGGUGGGAGGGAAGGAGAAAGAGAGAGACAUAAAAGGAUGGAUGGGACAGACAUAGAUACACAUGGAUGGAUGGAAACGUGCUGAGUUGAACAUCUGAAAGGUCCAAACCAUUCAACCUUGGAAAUCUAACCUCAUUCUUCUCCUUAAAUUUUUCCUCUUUCCUCUUCCUCUGUUUUCACAGUUUCAAGUUUAGAGAGUUCUGCCAACAGUUAACUGUAGAUCCUGCCAACCAACUGUAGCAGUGUGAUGUCUCAUCAGAAUUCUGAUAUCAGGGUGUGUACAAAAUGGCAUCCUAUUCCCUACAUAGUGUAUUCCCUAUUCCUUACAUUGUGCACAGUGUAGGGAAUAGGACGCCAUUUUGGACGCAAGCCUUUGUGUUCACGCUUUGCAUUCAUAGAAUGGGUUGAGAUGUUUACUUUACUCCACUGGUUUAAUUAUUGCUGCGUCAGUAAUACAUUGUGAUGAAUUGAUUUGUGUACAUGCACCUCUAACUGGUUUAAAUUCAUGGUUGAAGGUUUCACAUAAUGACAUCACCCUGCGACAAGACUGCUGUAAGCUUGUCAUCUUUAUGGUUGAUAUUACAUUUAUGUUUGGUAUUAUGUUUAUGUUUGGUGCACUCUUAGAUAUGCAGAGGUUUUUGGACUGAUAAAUAAGUUCCUAUCAUAAAUCGCAUGCCCGACCUGGGUCAAAUACUUUCAAAUAUGCGAGCCACGGUUGAUUUACUUUAGCCCGACUCAAUUGAACAAAUGGAAUGGUCCCAGAAGUGUAAACGCCAAGCUAAACCAAGUCAUCCUCAAAUACUUUGUAAUAUUUCUAGGUUUUUGACAUAAUGUAUUUGACAUAAUGUAUUUGUCGCAGGUCAGAUCACUAGGUAUGGUGUCUUACAUUGCCACGUUUUGAAUCAAUGUCUUAAAAUGAAUGUAUGUAACUAUAUAUCUAUAUAUUGUGUACAGAUUGUGUACAGUAUAGUUUAUUGGGAAAUGUUUAUUUGUACUUAUUUUCUAUUUGAGAUUUAAAUGAUUCAACUAGAGAGAUAUAAGUGAAUUUGAUAUAGUAAUCUGUCCGUUUCCUUGCAGUCUCUUCAUUACCAUUCUGCAUCGAUCUCCUUCUGUUGGGUAGAUUUAGUGUGCAUCCAAAAUUGCACCCUAUUUUCUGUAUACAGUAGUGCCUACUUUUUAAAGUAGUGCACUAAUUAGUGAAUAGGGUUUAAUUUGGGGCACCACCUUACUUUCCCCAGUUGGGAAACAUUAUUAGCAGCAAGCUGUCAGUCAGAGUGUUGGCAUGGCCUCUGCUUUUCUUUCAGUGCCUUUAUUUCAACAUUCAAAAUGUCUCUGUAAUGGGUUCACUUCAGCCUGUCCAGCCAGUCAGUGACACAGUGCCAAAAGGAGAUGUGGCUAUUAUCUCUGUGUGUAGUCUUGGUGUUUUUCAUAUUUUGUUGAAUUAAAACCUGUAAUUUAAAUUGAUUUUUAUUUGGAUUUCAUGCAAUGGACAUACAGAAAAUACUCUAAAUUGGUGAAGUGAAAAAAAAAAAAAAAAUUGUUUCGAAAAAUUCUCAAAAAUAACAAAUGGAAAAGUGGUAACUGCAAUAUGUAUUCACCCCCUUUGCUUAUGAAGCCACUAAAUAAGAUCUGGUGCAACCAAUUACCUUCAGAAGUCACAUAAUUAGUUAAAUAAAGUCCACCUGUGUACAAUCUAAGUGUAACAUGAUCUGUCACAUGAUCUCAGUAUAUAUACACCUGCUCUGAAAGGCGCCAGAGUCUGCAACACCACUAAGCAAGUGGCAUCACCAAGCAAGCGACACUAUGAAGCACAAGGAGCUCUCCAAACAGGUCAGGGACAAAGUUGUGGCGAAGUACAGAUCAGGGUUGGGCUAUAAAAAAUAUUAGAAACUUUGAACAUCCCACGGAGCACCAUUAAAUCCAUUAUUAAAAAAUAGAAAGAAUAUGGCACCAUAGCAAACCUGCCAAGAGAGGGCCGCCCACCAAAACUCACAGACCAGGCAAGGAGCCAUUAACCAGAGCGGCAACAAAGAGACCAAAGAUAACCCUGAAGGAGAUGCAAAGCUCCACAGCGAAGAUUGGGGUAUCUGUCCAUAGGACCACGUUGUCUGGAGUGCAGCAACACCUCUCAUCACCUCGAGAACCUUGAGAACACCAUGUUUUUCAUCGGCAGGGACUGGGAAACUGGUCAGAAUCGAAGCAAUGAUGGAUGGCACUAAAUACAGGGAGAUUCUUGAGGUAAACCUGUUUCAGUCUUCCAGAGAUUUAAAACUGGGAUGGAGGUUCACCUUCCAGCAGGACAAUGACCCUAAGCAUACUGCUAAAGCAACACUUGGGUGGUUUAAGGGGAAACAUUUAAAUGUCUUGGAAUGGCCUAGUCAAAGCCCAGACCUUGGAAAGGCCAAGUCAAAGCCCAGACCUCAAUCCAAUUGAAAAUCUGUGGAAUGACUUAAAUAUUACUGUACACCAGCAGAACCCAUCCAACUUGAAGGAGCUAGAGCAGUUUUUGCCUUGAAGAAUGUGCAAAAAUCCCAGUGGCUAGAUGGAUUUGCCAAGCUUAUAGAGAUAUAUCCCAACAGACUUGCAGCUGUCAUUGCUGCAAAAGGUGGCUCUACAAAGUAUUGACUUUUGGGGGGGUGAAUAGUUAUGCACGCUGAAGUUUAGAGUUUUUUUGUUCUUUUGGUUUUCUGUUCUUAAUAUUUUGCAUCUUCAAAGUGGUACCUUUGCAAGCCUGUGUGUGUAUGUGUGUGAAUGUGUGUGUGUGACAGUUUCUGAGCCGUUACAUAAAUCCUUGAACUACAAAUCAAACCGUCUCAGUCCCUUUGAAGAAAGAAGGACACCAGAUUUACACCAGACCCACUGACACACUGGAAUUCACUACAUUAUUGUUCACCUGCUGUAAAUACAAUUCAUACACUCUGAAUUAAAUGCAAUAUUUUAAUGUGAAACUACACCCGUGUAAAUAAUAAUUAUUUAUGUCAAUAAAAUUGAAGAAAAUGGCA